CCGCCUAGAACAUCACAGAGCUGAUGAACGCAGCAACGUUCUUUUUCAGAACCAUGGCGAGCGCAUUGUGACGCUGUCCCUUCUACUCCUACUCAGAGCCAUUGAUACAGUAUUUUCUAAAUGGUUAUACUCCUACUGUUCUCUAAACAAUGGUUUCAUAGUUUACAAUUGUAUAAACUCCCAAAUCAUGCUCAAAAUUCAAUUUAAUUGAUGUCACUGUUGAGUGUUUUUUAAUCUGUUUGAUAAACAUGUUUGUCCCAUUGUGACAUAGCCAACCAUGACUUAUGGAAGAAUUUGACGUAUUAAUGGUCCCUAUAAAACCCUGUAAUUCUAAGAAAGAAUUGUCAGAUGGUUUUGAACUCAGUCAAAACCACUGCAGUAUGUAGAGCGAUAAUGAGUAGGUCUAUGUUCAGUCGUUUGUUGACAGCGACCCCGCUGAGAUUCCUCCGCGAGAGGCCGCUUCUGAGUGCAGCUGGCCUGUUGUUUGCGUCCGGUUCGGCAGUCUACUUUUAUCGCAAAUAUUACGGUAUCGGUGAGGAUGCACUGGCCACCGUGGAGAGCGUGGACCGUGUUGUCACGGUUGAGGAGGAUAAUGAGCCCACCCUGGACCAGGAGGACCCAGUCCUUGUUCAGUAUGUGGUUGAGGAGGUUGGGCACCGGCCCUGUCUGGCUUUAAUCCCUUGGUCUGGACCUCUGUGGGUUCCCAGCUCUCCAACAUAUUACCUUACCCAUGCUGGGAGGAUGCUGGUGAGAGAGCUGGCAGUGUUAAACACGCAGAUAUUCACAGUGGAGCAGCCCAUUUCCAUCUGUUUCACUCCUGCUAGGAGGAUGGUAUGGAAUGAACUGUCCUCUCAAAAUGAACAGUAUGUGGAUGAGGAGGUUGGGCACCGGUCCUGUCUGGCUUUAAUCCCUUGGUCUGGACCCUUGUGUGUUCCUAUCUUUCCUGUCUUCUCCAAGGCCAAACCAGUCUACUACCUCACUCGUGCUGGGAGAAUGCUGGUAACAGAGCUUGCAGUGUUAAACACACAGACUUCCAAAUUGGUUAUUGAGGAGCCUACCAUUCACCUCACUGAAGCUGGGAGGCUAGUGCUUGACGAACUGUCAGCACCUUCAGAUAGCCAUUCACAGCCAAAUAGGGAAGACUCUGGUUUUCCCUAUGAGAAGUUGCAGCUGGUUGGGAACUGGGGUUCGUUUCAUUUCCAUUACUGGAAGAUCCAUUAUGGACGAGUGCAGCAAAAUGAAGAGGACAUGCAUCACCUGUGCAUUGUGAGGGGAGUGGAGAAGCAGCUGUGGUGGAGCAGAGUCAUCCAGGAAAGAAUCCUGGACCCAUGGGGUCUCGUCCAGGUGGUCCUCACCAACAACAAGGUGACUGGUAUUAAGUUCCUUGGUAGAAGGAUCCAUGGACUCAUGUCCUGCCUCGUCAAGAGGAGGUCUGAGUUCACCUAUUAUGAGGAUGCCCAGCAGGUGGAUAUCUCCACCACAGUGGAGGGGUACCAGGAGAGGGGGGAUGAGAUGAUGGCAUAUCAGUUCUCCACCUCUGACAUCAUCACCACCCCUCAUGAGCCGUCCUCUGGCUCCUCUCACCAGUUCCCCAGAAUUCUCCGCCUCCCCCCUUUCCCUUCCGAUUCCCCUCCCAGUCCCCCUCCACCUUACCACUCCACCCAGGACCAGGACCAGACCCCUGACAGCACUCCCUCAGGAGUUUGA